UUCAAGUUCGCAGGAACGUCACGUCCGCACUUGAACUUGCAGCUCAGGGGGCUCCGCCGUUAUACCCCCCAUCACUCUCUCACUCUCUCCCUCUGUCUCUGCAAAAAAGUCAUGAGGAGCUCCGCACAGCCCGCAGCGCGUUACGCAUCCCGCUCCGUGUGAUCCGCCGCUCGCUUUUCUUUUCCCUGUCUGGAUGACAGACGCAUCAAUGAAAAUAUUUCAUUUGGAGUCUACCUUGUAGGAACGGAUUUCCCAAUGUGAACUCAGCUGAAAAACGCCGCCGCUGAUCCAACUAUGUCUCGCCGCAAGCAAGGCAAACCCCAGCACUUGAGCAAACGGGAGUUUUCGCCUGAGCCACUCUCAGGUGUUUUACCAGAAGAAGACUCUCAGGACUCCCCCAGGCUGGGAGUGGCUCAGGACGAGCCCCUAAAAGGGGACCAGGACCUGCUCACUUGCGGCCAGUGCCACUCCCGCUUUCCCCUGGCGGACAUCCUGCUUUUUAUCGAGCACAAACGGAGGCAGUGCCACGGCAGCCUCUGUACGGACAAACCUCUGGACAGGCCGCCGUCCUCCCCACUUGCCUCACCCCUCUCCACGUCCUCCUCCACGCACUCACGAACCCAACACCAGCAGCCGCGGAGGCUGCAUCAGCCCGUGGAGGUGGCUGUCCAAGUGUCGCCGCAGGACGAGGAUUGUUUAUCUGCACCUUUGCAAGGAAUAAUCCCCAAGCAGGAGCAUGUCACAGAUAAAGAUGAGCCCAGCAGUUACACCUGCACCACAUGCAAACAGCCCUUCACUAGUGCCUGGUUCCUGCUCCAGCAUGCCCAGAACACCCACGGCUUCCGCAUCUAUCUGGAGAGUGAGCCUGGCAGCCCCCUCACACCCCGCGUGGCUGCAGCUCCUGGGAUGGGGGGUGAUUGUGCCUCCUCCCAGCCACCCCUCCAUGCUGUCCACUUGGCUGAUGGCAGUCCCUACAGCCUCCUGAGGAUGCCAGGCUCUGGGUCUGGCAGGGAUUCAGCAUCCACACCUCGUGAGGGACGUUACCCCCGAACACCGCCACUGUUUAGUCCACCACCACGUCACCACCUCAGCCCGGAUGACCUGGCUUUGGCAACCCACCAUCCUAGCGCCUUUGACAGGGUUAUGAGAUUGAAUUCAGUCCCAAUAGAACCCCCACAGAGCAUGGACUUCUCUAGACGUCUACGUGAGUUGGCUGGCAAUGCCACUGGCGGUUCCCCGCCUCUGUCUCCUAACAGGCCCAACCCUAUGCAACGACUGCUGCAGCCAUUCCAGCCAGGUUCCAAGCCUCCAUUUUCAGCUACUCCUCCUCUCUCCACCUCUCAGUCCCCAUCAGGCUCACGGUCCACCCCAAAUCUUGUAUCCAAUUUAGUCCAGCCUGGAACUCCUCUCAAGGCAAAAUCUUGUGAGUUCUGUGGAAAGACCUUCAAGUUCCAGAGCAACCUUAUUGUGCACAGGCGAAGCCAUACAGGGGAAAAGCCAUUCAAGUGUCAUCUCUGUAACCAUGCCUGCACCCAGGCCAGUAAACUAAAACGCCACAUGAAGACGCACUGUCAGAACAAGUCAUCAGCGCUUAAUGCCAAGUCAGAUGAUGGUCUCUCAACUGCUAGUUCCCCUGAACCAGGUACCAGUGAUCUGAUGAGCAGUGCUACAGAUGCUCUCAAGUCAGUGGUGUCCAAGUUCAAGAGUGAAAACAAUGGCCUUAUGCCUGAAAAUGGAGAAGAAGAUGAGGAAGAGGAGGAAGAGGAGGAAGAGGAGGAGGAAGAAGAAGAUGAAGAGGAAGAGGAGGAGGAGAGGGAGGAGGAUGAAACUGAAAAUAAGCUUGGAACUGAGGAAGAGAAAAUGAGUGACUAUCGUUUCAGCCUGCUGCUAGAAGGAGCCCGACAUCACCAGAACAAUGAUGCUCUACAUCCACACCGCAGGAACUUGUCCCGAGAGCCUGGCACUGAUGAGUCAGCUGUAGAAUUAGAUCAGCCAGACGAUGGUACCACCACUACCAUUAACGGCCUGGGGCCUUUAAGCAAUGACAGCCUGUCUAGGAAGCUAUUAGGUGGUAGGGUUAGUCCUGACUCCCUCAGUCCCAUUUCAAAACGCAUCAAGGUGGAAAAAGAUCUUGAUCCACCAAUGCCCACCAUCCCAAACACAGAGAACGUCUACUCUCAGUGGCUAGCUGGUUACGCUGCCUCCCGGCAACUCAAGGACCCCUUCAUCAAUUUUACCGGUGGGGACUCUAGACAAUCGCCCUUCGCUUCCUCAUCUGAGCACUCAUCAGAAAACGGCAGCUUGCGCUUCUCCACUCCCCCUUGUGAGCUUGACGGUGAACGGACUGCUUCAGGACGCAGCGGCACCGGCAGCGGGGCCAGCACGCCCCAUGGUGGCAACGGCAGACCAAGCUCCAAGGAUGGCCGCCGCAGUGACACCUGUGAGUUUUGUGGCAAAGUGUUCAAGAACUGCAGCAACUUGACAGUUCACCGACGCAGUCACACUGGAGAGCGGCCAUACAAAUGUGAGCUAUGCAGCUAUGCAUGUGCCCAGAGCUCGAAGCUCACCCGCCAUAUGAAGACCCAUGGACAGAUGGGCAAGGAUGUGUACAAAUGUGAAAUCUGCCACAUGCCUUUUAGUGUAUACAGCACUCUAGAAAAACACAUGAAGAAGUGGCACAGUGACCGCCCUCUGGCCAAUGACAUUAAAACUGAGUAGACAAAGAUCAGUUCUUUCUGUCAGCACCUCUGGCUACAAAGCAGCUAGCCUACACGCAAGUGGAGAAGACAACUGGGUUAGAUGCCAGAACACAGUGCAGCCCUGAUCUUAUUCCAUUCUGGAAAAAAGCUGGAUUCAUGAUCCAUCAUUGGGGCGAUAUUAAUGCAUCAAAACUUUUUGAGCCUUUCUAUUGUGCAAUAAUUUACAUGUUUUGUAUUUUUUGUAACUGGACAGCAUGCUCGGUGUGUUUUGGCUACUUAGAGAAAAAAAAUUGUCCUUGGCUGGUGGAUUUGGUCGUACAUGUGUUGCUGUUGAUACUUUUGAUUUCCUUGACAUAAAGAAAAGAUUAGUUAUCAAAACCCAAGCUGCAUACAAUGCAUACUGUUUUACAUAUCAUGUACAGUUUGUGUUAAAGCAUUUCACAUUUCACAUUGUCAAACACCCAUACAAGCAGGGUCAAACAUAAAACUGAUCUUUGUGAAAGAUUUUUCAUGCAGCAUUGAGAAGUCACCACACCUCAUAAAUGAAUAUACAGUAUGUAUAUAUAUAUAUAUAUAUAUAUAUA